ACCAAAAUAGUGUCCUUAUCCUCAGUGAUUUCCUAAAGAGAGGAGUCUAGCUACAUAGAAUUAUGAAUUAUUAGAACCUAAAUAUGACCACUUAGAAAAAAAAAGUUGUAUAAGAAGAUAUAUCAUCGUAGUUUUGUUCUGUAAAUGUUCCAAUUUAUGCUAUAAUAAUAGCAUCCCGCUCCCGGGUUUUCCUUUUGGUAGUAGGAAACAGUACCAAUCCAUAUUGGUAUUAGGAAAUCCCCAAACUUUUCCACAUCCUUUUGCAAAUACGAAAUCUGGCCGCGAUUCCUUAUGAUAUUAGGAAACACAAUCCCAUAAUCUCCAGCUAAGAGACCUUUGAGUGUCAUCGGCGGUUGGCGUCCGCCGAUCGACGAGGAACUCCGUCUGAAGCGACUCAAAGAGUUCCUGAUGGCCAAAAAAAUCAAGACGACGACGACAACGGUGCUGCAGCCGCGGUCUUCCGAUGCAAUGAAGAAACAGGGUAAUGUCAUUGGAAAGAAAGAUGAUUAUCAAAGUAUGACCAAAUUCGUCUGGAAACGCCAACCGACAAAACCCGGAUCUGAGAAACAGGGAAAAGUUGUUGGAGAGAAAGUUGCAGCAAAAAUUCUUGCGCAAAAAUUGUCCGAAUCUGAAAAACAGGGGAAUGUCAUUGAAAAGAAAACUAAAGUAGAAAUUCCAGUGGAUCAAACUUCGUCACCGGAAACCAAUAAUAAAAUCAGGGACAAAAUUCGGGAAGUGAUCAGGUUGAUGGAAAAUAAGAGGAAGCAACAAAGGCAGGGGCGGACGCACGCAGAAGCCUAG